UUCUCCAAGAGAACACCAAGCUUCCAUCUCUCUCUCUCCCUUCUCCUCUCUUUUUCCCUUUUAUUUUUCCCUUUUCAACUCCUCUUCUUCUUCGGCUCGACAUGCAGGCUCUUUCGUCUCACCCUUCCCAUUCUCUGAACUACCUCUUCCAGACCCGCCCUUCGCCGCAUCGGGCUGAUCCGACCCGAUUCUCCGUUAAAUGCGCUUAUGGCUUCGAAUCUGCUGGAUUUCAUUCCGGCUUCAUCUCCUCCAAGGCUGAUUGGCAGAGCUCCUGCGCCAUCUUAGCUAGUAAGGUUGUUUCUCAGCAACAACCCUCCGCCGACUCCAACGGAGGCACCGCUGACCACGUCGCCGCCAUCAACGGCCACAAGGCCGCCGUCACGGAUCUCAACCUCGUCCACAUCGGUAACUUAGAAGGUAGCGACAGUAACAAGGCGCCUCCGCCGAAGCCGCUCACGAUUUCGGAUCUCUCCCCUGCUCCGAUGCAUGGCUCGCAGCUCCGUGUGGCUUACCAGGGUGUUCCCGGAGCAUACUCCGAAGCGGCUGCCGGCAAGGCCUAUCCGAACUGUGAAGCCAUUCCCUGUGACCAAUUCGAGGUAGCUUUCCAAGCUGUACAGCUCUGGAUCGCCGAUCGAGCAGUUCUUCCGGUGGAAAACUCACUCGGCGGCUCGAUCCACCGGAACUACGAUCUCCUCCUCCGCCACCAGCUUCACAUCGUCGGGGAGGUCCAACUUCCCGUGCACCACUGCCUUCUUGCGCUGCCGGGAGUUCGAAAGGAAUAUCUAACCCGCGUCAUCUCGCAUCCGCAAGCCCUCGCGCAGUGUGAGCACUCGCUAACAAAGCUCGGCCUCAACGUGGCCCGCGAGGCCGUGGACGACACCGCCGGCGCGGCGGAAUUCAUCGCAACCAACAACCUGCGCGACACGGCGGCAAUCGCGAGUGCACGCGCGGCCGAGCUGUACGGAUUGCAGGUCUUGGCGGAUGGAAUCCAGGACGACCCGAGUAACGUGACCCGGUUUGUGAUGCUGGCCCGGGAACCCAUAAUUCCGCGGACGGACAGGCCCUUCAAGACAAGCAUAGUGUUCGCGCACGAUAAGGGGACAUCGGUACUGUUCAAGGUUCUAUCGGCCUUUGCCUUCAGGAACAUUAGCUUGACGAAGAUUGAGUCGAGGCCUCACCGGAGCCGUCCGAUUAGGGUGGUGGACGAUGCGAAUGUGGGGACGGCGAAGCACUUCGAGUAUAUGUUCUACGUUGAUUUCGAAGCUUCCAUGGCAGAGGUUAGGGCUCAGAAUGCCCUAGCAGAGGUUCAGGAAUUCACUUCCUUCUUGAGGGUGCUGGGGAGCUAUCCCAUGGACAUGACUCCGUGGAGCCCCUCUUCUUCCCCUUGUCCCAUGGGAGAUUAGCAAAGUCUCUCUGCACACUAAAAAUUCCCCAGAAAGUAAAGAAUAUAAAAAUAUUUCAUACAUCUUGCAAUCUGUGAAGAUUAAAACGAGAAGAGAGGUUAUUACAGCUCUCUUUGACGUAUUUCGAUUUGUUACCCGUAUAUGUUUUUUGGAUUCACUUAAUUAAUUUAUGAGGAAAAUUGCGAAA